AUUGGAAAAAAAAUAAGAAAGUGCAGAAAGUUCAGUUAAAAAGAACAGAUCUUAUGUCGGUGAAAAGAAGAAAUAUGUAUGAAAACUGAUAGUUUUGCUAUGAUUUGUUAUGAUUUUAUAAUUGCACCUUUCUUUCGGACACUGAUGAUUAUCGCCAUCGCCAGUCAGCAGCCGACCGACGAUGGAACCAAUCGCACAUCUUGUCAAAGUGUCCGUUCCGAAUUAUCUGGCUGGCCUGCCGAUUCCCAAUUCGAUAGGGGGAUGGUUUCGUCUAGGAGUAAGGGACUGGUUCGCUCUUCUGCCACCCACUGCCUUUCUCGCAGGUUUGGGAUAUAUGUCCUACAGGGCAUUUUGUCCUCUUGGCAGACCUGCGUGUCUUGGACGUGUUAAUCUCAAAAUAAAGAAAGAUAUUCCAAAAGUAGUGGACACUGUUGAUAUCGAAGAUAUCUCUGAAAAGGCUGUUUUCUGUCGGUGUUGGAGAUCUGAAAAUUGGCCGUACUGUGAUGGUACUCACGGACGUCACAAUAAUCAAUGUGAUGACAAUGUGGGUCCACUCAUCAUCACAAAGAAAGAAUAAUUGUUAUCAUAAUUGACUAAUUACUGUCACAUCGGUAAUUUCUGAUUUUUGUAAAAUAGCUAUUUACGCGCCAUGCUGUAGAUAAAUAUAUGAGGGAGAAUGAAUUACAGAUGAAUCUCAUCCCCCUCUGUAGAUAAACUUUACAAAACAAUGUCUACCGAUUUAUUUUUUAAGAUGCCUGGAUUCUAUAUAAGGGAAGGUUUAUAAAUAAAUUUAUUUCCAUAAUAUA